AUUUCAAGAACCAUCUUUUACUGGGACAAGCUUCCAGCUGAGAGCCAGAAAUUUUUUUUAGGAUAUUUCCAGACUCUCCUUUUCGGCAGAAUAUGACAGAUACCUAGCAUCUAGCAAAAGUAUGGCAGCAGCUUAUCUAGACCCAAACUUGAAUCAUACGCCAAGCGCAAACACGAAGUCACACCUCAGUUCUGGGGUGGAACGUUCUCCAGGGACAAUGGAACGGGUCCUGAAGGUUUUCCAUUAUUUUGAAAGUAACAGUGAACCGACAACGUGGGCCAGUAUUAUCCGUCAUGGGGAUGCCACGGAUGUUUGGGGCAUAAUUCAGAAGAUAGUGGAUUGUCACAAAGUAAAAAACGUGGCCUGUUACGGUCUGCGGCUUAGCCACCUCCAGUCAGAGGAAGUUCGUUGGCUGCAUCCAGAUAUGGGCGUCUCCAACGUGAGAGAGAGAUUCGAACUAGGACACGCACCAGAGGAAUGGAAAUAUGAAUUGCGAAUCCGAUACUUACCGAAAGGAUUUCUGAACCAGUUUACUGAAGAUAAACCAACUUUAAAUUUUUUAUACCAGCAGGUAAAAAAUGACUAUAUGCUAGAAAUAGCAGAUCAGGUGGACCAGGAAAUUGCCUUGAAGCUAGGUUGCCUUGAAAUCCGGAGAUCAUACUGCGAAAUGAGAGGCAACGCAUUGGAUAAGAAGUCAAACUAUGAAGUCUUAGAGAAAGAUGUCGGUUUGAAAAGAUUUUUUCCAAAGAGUUUACUGGAUUCAGUAAAGGCCAAAAACCUACGAAAAAUGAUACAGCAAACUUUUCGACAAUUUGCCAACCUCAAUAGAGAAGAAAGUAUUUUGAAAUUCUUUGAGAUUCUCUCACCAGUAUAUAGAUUUGAUAAGGAGUGCUUCAAGUGUGCCCUUGGAUCCAGCUGGAUUAUUUCAGUGGAAUUGGCUAUCGGUCCAGAAGAAGGAAUCAGCUACCUUACAGACAAAGGUUCCAAUCCUACUCAUCUGGCAGACUUCCAUCAAGUACAGACCAUUCAGUAUUCAACUAGUGAAGACAAGGACAGAAAAGGAAUGCUACAGAUGAAAAUUGCUGGAGCACCAGAGCCUCUGACAGUGACAGCACCAUCCUUAACCAUUGCAGAGAACAUGGCUGACUUGAUAGAUGGCUAUUGCCGACUGGUCACUGGUGCAACACAGUCCUUUAUUAUCCGACCCCAGAAAGAAGGUGAAAGAGCUUUACCAUCCAUACCAAAGCUGGCCAACAAUGAGAAGCAAGGAAUACGAUCACAUACAGUCUCUGUAUCAGAAACAGAUGACUAUGCAGAGAUCAUAGAUGAAGAAGAUACAUAUACCAUGCCUUCAACCAGGGAUUACGAGAUUCAGAGAGAACGGAUUGAACUGGGACGCUGCAUCGGUGAAGGGCAGUUUGGUGAUGUUCACCAAGGAGUUUAUGUAACUCCAGAAAACCCUGCCAUGGCAGUUGCAAUCAAGACAUGUAAAAACUGCACUUCAGACAGCAUAAGAGAGAAAUUCUUACAAGAAGCCUUAACAAUGCGUCAGUUUGACCACCCCCACAUUGUCAAGCUGAUUGGUGUUAUUACGGAAAACCCUGUCUGGAUCAUUAUGGAGCUCUGUACACAAGGAGAGCUGAGAUCGUUUUUGCAAGUAAGAAAAUACAGCUUAGAUCUGGCGUCAUUGAUACUUUACGCUUAUCAACUUAGCACAGCACUUGCCUACUUAGAGAGCAAACGGUUUGUACAUAGGGAUAUUGCUGCUAGAAAUGUGCUGGUGUCCUCUACAGACUGUGUGAAAUUAGGUGAUUUUGGUUUGUCUCGGUAUAUGGAAGAUAGCACAUAUUAUAAAGCUUCAAAAGGAAAAUUGCCCAUAAAGUGGAUGGCCCCAGAAUCCAUCAACUUCCGACGUUUUACCUCAGCCAGUGAUGUCUGGAUGUUUGGUGUAUGCAUGUGGGAAAUCUUAAUGCACGGCAUAAAGCCUUUUCAAGGAGUGAAGAACAACGAUGUGAUUGGCCGGAUUGAAAACGGAGAGCGGUUGCCGAUGCCACCAAACUGCCCGCCUACCCUUUACAGCCUAAUGACCAAAUGUUGGGCAUAUGAUCCCAGCAGGCGCCCAAGAUUUACAGAACUUAAAGCUCAACUGAAUACAAUAUUGGAGGAAGAGAAGCUGCAGCAAGAAGAACGAAUGAGAAUGGAAUCAAGGCGACAAGUCACGGUGUCCUGGGAUUCAGGAGGAUCAGAUGAAGCUCCUCCCAAGCCCAGCAGACCUGGUUAUCCUAGUCCAAGAUCAAGUGAAGGAUUUUAUCCCAGUCCACAGCAUAUGAUACAACCCAAUCACUACCAGGUUUCAGGCUAUCCCAGUUCCCAUGGAAUUCCAACUAUGGCAGGUAGCAUUUAUCCAGGACAAGCUUCUCUUUUGGAUCAAACAGAUUCCUGGAACCAUCGGUCUCAAGAAAUAUCCAUGUGGCAACCCAACAUGGAGGAUUCUGGCAGUUUGGACAUGCGUGGAAUGGGACAGGUCCUACCAGCACAUCUAAUGGAAGAGAGAUUGAUACGACAGCAACAAGAAAUGGAAGAAGACCAAAGAUGGCUGGAGAAGGAGGAGAGAUUUCUGAAACCUGAUGUGAGGCUCUCCAGAGGGAGCAUUGAUCGAGAAGAUGGAAGUCUCCAGGGUCCGGCUUCUAACCAGCAUAUUUAUCAGCCUGUGGGCAAACCAGAUCAUGCUGCCCCGCCAAAAAAGCCGCCACGCCCUGGAGCUCCCAGCCAUUUGGGCAGCCUUGCCAGCCUGAACAGCCCUGUGGACAGCUACAACGAAGGGGUGAAGAUUCAGCCGCAGGAGAUCAGCCCUCCUCCAACGGCCAACUUGGAUCGCUCAAACGACAAGGUGUAUGAGAAUGUCACGGGGCUGGUGAAGGCUGUUAUAGAAAUGUCAAGCAAAAUCCAGCCAGCACCGCCGGAGGAGUAUGUCCCCAUGGUGAAGGAGGUUGGUUUGGCCCUGCGAACUUUAUUGGCAACAGUAGAUGAAACCAUUCUGGUCCUCCCAGCAAGCACUCACAGAGAGAUUGAGAUGGCCCAGAAACUCUUGAAUUCUGACCUCGCUGAACUGAUUAACAAGAUGAAGCUGGCCCAGCAAUACGUUAUGACUAGCUUGCAGCAAGAAUACAAAAAGCAGAUGCUGACAGCAGCCCAUGCUCUUGCUGUAGAUGCCAAAAACUUACUGGAUGUUAUUGACCAAGCCAGGCUAAAAUCUCUCGGUCAGUCCAGGCCUCACUAGAAACUAAGAAUGGAUUUUGCAUUGCAGUUUAGAAAGGAUUGUUACAGAAUCGGCAACAGCGACCCUUUCAGCAGGAAUGAGAACUGGUGGCUGAGUCCUGGAUUGUCAACUGGUGGUUCUGUCUUCAAGUAUUUUUUAAAAAAGAAAAUCACCAAUGCCAAGAAAAGUCCAAAACUGAAACAACACAACAAAAUCUUAAGAAACGCAUUGUUUUUUUUCACGUCAUUCAGAAUGUGAAAUACUUUUAAGAUACAAGUUGCUUUUUUAAAAAAAGAAAACUGACAAAGGAACUCUGAGCUGCAAACCUGAGAUCGUGUGAAGAAUUCUGGGACACCUCAGGGCUGAGAAUUCUUUAUCACAAUGUAUGAACUGUCCUGACUGGAAUCCUUUUUUUAUCAGAACACUUAAUACCACAAAAUGCUAAUCACAAUUUACAGAGAGAUUAAAAAGCUAUAUUUUCAAAGUAUCUCAUUUCAAAGCAAAUUAAAAGUCCUCAUCUGUUUUCCUACUUCCAUGUGGAUGUACGUGAACCAUUGGGACAGAAUGUAGCUGUAGAACACAACGAAGAACGUGUCUUUUUCACCAGAAUAACGUGCCAGUUUUUUGUAGUUGUUUUCCUUCUAAGUAACAAUUGGAGCUGCAUUUAGAAGUUCUGUAACCAUACAUGUUCCCCAUUUUUAUAUAAUUUAUAAAGAAAGAUUAAAGCCAUGAUAAAUAUUUUAAAA